CCUGUGUUCGAAUGUCCCCAUAUUGAUGUUCCACAGAGCCGAACAGUGUUAACUUUCUAUAGUGUGGUAUAUUAAUCCCAAACCCUCCUGUGAGAGAUGUUCAAUGAGAAAUAAUGUUUAUUGAUUUCUUAACUGGUCAGAAUGAAGAACGCUGAAUAUUUUGACACCGUAAUGGUGUUAUGUUGCAGACACCAAGUGACGGGAUCUUGACUGAACCUUCUGGAGACCAAGAAGGGAGUGAGAGAUCCACUUCAUCCUUACAACAGACACCAAGUGACGGGAUCUUGACUGAACCUUCUGGAGACCAAGAAGGGAGUGAGAGAUCCACUUCAUCCUUACAACAGACACCAAGUGACGGGAUCUUGACUGAACCUUCUGGAGACCAAGAAGGGAGUGAGAGAUCCACUUCAUCCUUACAACAGACACCAAGUGACGGGAUCUUGACUGAACCUUCUGGAGACCAAGAAGGGAGUGAGAGAUCCACUUCAUCCUUACAACAGACACCAAGUGACGGGAUCUUGACUGAACCUUCUGGAGACCAAGAAGGGAGUGAGAGAUCCACUUCAUCCUUACAACAGACACCAAGUGACGGGAUCUUGACUGAACCUUCUGGAGACCAAGAAGGGAGUGAGAGAUCCACUUCAUCCUUACAACAGACAUUAAGUGUUCCGAUCCUGAUGAAACCUUCUGAAGAUCAAGAAAGGAGUGGAAGAUCCACUUCUUCCUUAAACAGGUUACUAUGUCUUAUCAUAAUAUAUUAG